CGACGGCGGUUCCGACGCGGCUGCUGAGGGGGAAACGGUCGCCGCCGUUGCUAACGUUCGCCCGCCCGCGCCCCGCGUCGGCCUGCUGCGUCACUUCCUCUUCCGGGCGCGCGGCCGAGGAGGCGGCGGCGGGUCAGUCGGUCGAUCUAUCGGCAGCCGGCCUCCUCCUCUGAGGAAAAAGGAAAAGGUGGGGGGGUCGAUACGGGCUUUUCUCUCCUCAGCCGCCGAGGAGGAGCCGCUGCCGCCGCCAUUCCCGCCGCCGCCGCCGCCGCCAUGGAGCCGGAGUCGGUGAUCGAGGACAAGACCAUCGAGUUGAUGACAAGUGUGAAAAGGAAACCCCAUUCGAAUUUCCAUUCAUUCUGGAUUGGUGGAUCUGAAGCACAGAAACAGAGUUUCAGUGUUCUGUGCCAAGGUCUUUGUGGCUAGGCUGCUCCAACCUGGUAGAGAGCAUGUGCGCACUGAGAUGCCUGCAGAGCAUGCCCAGUGUCAGAUGUCUCCAGAACACAUCAGUAAUGGAGGAUCAGAAUGAAGAUGAGUCUCCAAAGAAAAACACACUGUGGCAGAUAAGCAAUGGAACUUCAUCUGUGAUAGUCUCAAGGAAACGACCAUCUGAAGGAAACUACGAAAAGGAAAAAGACUUGUGUAUUAAAUAUUUUGACCAGUGGUCUGAAUCGGAUCAGGUUGAAUUUGUGGAACACCUUAUUUCACGAAUGUGUCAUUAUCAGCAUGGACAUAUUAAUUCUUACCUAAAGCCUAUGUUGCAAAGGGAUUUCAUCACUGCUUUACCAGAGCAAGGCUUAGAUCACAUAGCAGAAAAUAUCCUCUCCUACCUUGAUGCCAGGUCACUCUGUGCAGCAGAGCUGGUGUGUAAGGAAUGGCAGCGAGUUAUUUCGGAAGGAAUGCUAUGGAAGAAGCUUAUUGAAAGAAUGGUACGAACCGAUCCACUUUGGAAGGGGCUAUCGGAAAGAAGGGGCUGGGAUCAGUACCUGUUUAAAAACAGACCCACAGAUGGCCCUCCUAAUUCAUUUUACAGGUCACUGUACCCAAAGAUAAUACAAGAUAUAGAGACUAUAGAGUCUAACUGGCGAUGUGGAAGGCACAACUUGCAAAGAAUUCAAUGCCGUUCUGAAAACAGUAAAGGUGUUUACUGUUUACAGUAUGAUGAUGAGAAGAUUAUCAGUGGCUUAAGGGACAACUCCAUUAAGAUCUGGGAUAAAACAGGAUUGGAAUGUUUGAAAGUAUUAACAGGACAUACUGGCUCCGUUCUCUGUCUGCAAUAUGAUGAAAGAGUAAUUGUAACUGGAUCUUCUGACUCCACUGUGAGAGUUUGGGACGUGAACACAGGUGAAGUCCUCAACACACUGAUUCAUCACAACGAGGCUGUGCUCCACUUGCGUUUCAGCAAUGGCUUAAUGGUAACCUGUUCAAAGGACAGAUCUAUUGCUGUCUGGGAUAUGGCCUCACCGACUGACAUCACUCUGCGCCGCGUAUUAGUUGGCCAUCGGGCGGCUGUUAACGUCGUUGACUUCGACGACAAGUAUAUUGUAUCUGCUUCUGGUGAUAGGACCAUUAAAGUCUGGAGCACAAGCACAUGUGAAUUUGUUCGCACUCUUAAUGGGCACAAGCGAGGCAUUGCCUGCCUGCAGUAUAGGGAUCGGCUUGUUGUGAGUGGAUCAUCAGACAAUACCAUUAGGCUUUGGGAUAUCGAAUGCGGGGCCUGUUUAAGAGUGCUAGAAGGACACGAAGAACUGGUUAGGUGCAUCAGAUUUGAUAACAAGAGGAUUGUAAGCGGAGCCUACGAUGGCAAAAUCAAAGUUUGGGACUUGCAAGCUGCUCUUGACCCCCGUGCCCCAGCAAGUACACUAUGCUUACGUACAUUGGUGGAACACUCAGGACGUGUGUUUAGACUCCAAUUUGAUGAAUUUCAGAUCAUUAGUAGUUCCCAUGAUGAUACCAUUUUGAUUUGGGAUUUUUUAAAUGUGCCCCCCAAUGCACAAAAUGAGACACGCUCUCCAUCAAGAACAUACACUUACAUCUCCAGAUAACAGUCUGCAAUGUACUGCUCUCCAAGGAUUCCACAGUCUUUGAACUACUGGACAUUUGGCAAUUACACACCUGAAGACAUCAGCCACCGCUAAAGUCAGAAGUGGUUCUAGAUGCUGUGUAGAUGCAAAGCAG